AUGAUUAGUGCGAUUGUAACGUUGUUCACCGUGGCCGCCUUGGCCGCGCACGACCGCGCGUCGGCCGCUCGCAUACUCGGCGUGUUCCCGCAUCACGGAUACAGUCAUCACAUGGUUUUUUUGCCGUAUCUCCGGACGUUGGCGGACCGCGGGCACGACGUGCACGUUAUCAGCAAUUUCGGUUCGUCUCAUCCGAAAAUCACGGACAUUGGCGUCGAGGGUUCGAUGCCUAUGAGCAACAACACAGUCCCGUUCCCGGAAUCGGACACGGCGUUCGGAUUUUCCAGCAUGUGGAGGGACAUGGAUAUACUGUACAACUUGGCAAAGUCCACGGAGAGUAUGUUCGGCGUGCCGGCCGUGAAACNUCGGUUUCGCAGCCAAGUACCGCGCACCUUUCGUGUUGCUCAGCAGCUGCCCGUUGAUACCGUGGUCCAUGGACCUGUUCGGUCAACCACAACAGACCGCGUACAGGCCGUCCGUGUUCAGCGGUUUGUCGGAACGCAUGGAUUUCGUCCAGCGACUGAUCAACACGUUGAUAUCACACGUGUCCAUAGUUAUGUUCAGGACAACGAAUCGACCCUGGAGCCAACACGUGAUAAAAAAACACCUCGGUGUAGAUAUUUCUCUGGACGAAUUCGCGUCAAACGCAAGUUUGAUAUUGGUCAAUACGCAUUGGAGUAUUAA